AUGAAGUGGGUUGCUCACCAGCCGCAGCACCAUUGGCAGCAAGCGCAGCAGCAGCAGCAACAGCAGCAGCAGCAGCAGGUGAGGCAGCAGCAGCAGGUGCAGCAGCAGCAGGAAGCUAUUUCACAGAGCUCUUGGCUGUUGAUGCUGCAGCAGCACGAAGAGGCAAGCACUGCAGCAGCUGCUGAGGCCGCCUUACCGUUUGCUGACAGUGCAGCAGCAGCAGCAACGCUUGCUGCUGCUGCUGCUACUAAGCGUCAGGCGCUGCUGCUCAGCGGCAGCAGGAGAGGCAGCCCCCGCGGACAGCGGCCGCAGCAGCACCUGCAGCAGCAGCAGCAGCAGCAGCAGCUGCAGCAGCAGCUUCAGAUGCACAUGAAGCAGCAAGAACACUCAGAUGCAAGAAGCCAGCAGCAGCAAGGCCCCUUCUGGGUCGCUUCAGGCGUCUGCACGAAAGAGCAGCAACAGCAUCAGCAGCUGCUGCUGCAGCAGCAGCAGCAGCAGCAGCAGCACCAGCAGCAGCAGCCGUCUGGCAACGAGUACUACUACUACACUCAAUCCAACAUGCUGUUGCAGCAGAGGGACAGUCGCAGCUCGCUGCUGCGGCUGGAUUUAAACCAGCAGCAGCAGCAACAAGGGCAGCUGCAGCAGCUGCAGCAGCAGCAGCAGCAAGAAGCAGCAGCCGAAGUGUGGUCCAGCUACUCCCACUUUGGCGACAUAGGGGCCCAAAGCAGCGGAGAUGGGGGCACUUUGCAACAAAAGCAGCAGCAGCAGCAGCAGCAGCUGCUGCUGCAGUUGCAGUUGCAGCAGCAGCAGCAGAAGAAGCCGCACUCACAAUGGCGUCGCCGCGAGAGCUGGGUGGUGAGCAGCCGCAGCAGCAGCUGCUGCAGCAGCAGCAAAGAGAGCAUGCGCAGCUUGCGCAGCAGCAGCAGCAACAAAAGCAAACUGGACGAAGCUUGGUGUCAGUGGGUGUGCAAACAGUGGGACAUGUGGGCUGCUGCUGCUCCCGUGCUGCGGGGCCUUAGCAGCAGCAGCAUUUACUUCUUGAAAGAUUGUUAUAUAAUGUUGGAAAUACCUUUUCCCGUGGCAGCUCGGGGGGCCCUGCUGCGGUGUAUAGACACCUCAGGCACCAGGCAGCGCAGCAGCAGCAGCAGCAGCAGCAGCAGCAGAAGGGGCCCCCAGCUGGGCGACGCACCAGGGACGCAGUCACUCGGCAGCGCCAAGCAGCAGCAGCAGCACCAGCUGCAGCAGCAGCUGCAGCAGCACCAGCUGCAGCCGCAGCAGGACUUCUACUCUGCAGAAAACGUCGAGAUAGAGUUCCUACUGCAGCAGGAGCAAGAGCAGCAGCAGAAGCAGCGGCAGUUCCAGCAGCAGUAUCAGUCGCAGCUGCAGCAGCAGCAGCUGCAGCAACUGCAGCAGCAACAUUGGGUGGAGGGUCCGUGGGUCCCUCAGAUGCCAGCGUGGCGGCAGCUGCCCAUACAGCAGCACCAGCAGCAGCAGCUGCAGCAGCUUCAGCAGCUGCAGCAGCUGCAGCAGAUGCAGGUGCAGCUGCAGCAGCUGCAGCGGCAGCAGCUGCAGCUGCUGCAGGUAGGCCCCCCUGACCGCCCGCUGCUGCUGAGUUCGCAAUCCGCCAUAGGGAUGCGGGUAAGUGAGCAGCUGCUUCAGGCGCAGCAGCCGCUGCAGCAGGAGGUGCAGCAGGAGGUGCAGCAGGAGGUGCAGCAGCAGCGCCUGCUGCAGGAGCUGCAGCAGCAAAGCAACCUGCAGCAGCAAAGGGAGCUGCCCCUAGUGCCGCCCGACAGCAGCUUAACUGUCCAAUGUUUUGAUCUUGAGAGCUGCAGCCUGAUAUCUUUUCCUUGCUUCGACCAGCUGUUUUGUCCUUCGCCGUUUUCUGCUGCUGCUGCUGCUGCUGCUGCUGCUGCUUUUCAGUCCGUGCUCGAGACAGCAGCAGCAGCAGCAGCAAAAAGAGCCACAGAAGCAGCAACUAAGUGGGCGCAUGCAGCUCUCACUGGGCCCCCUCCGUCGCCGCCCCCAGUCUCAAGCGGCUGCCUCGACUCCAGCAUCAGCAGCAGCAGCAGCAACAACAGCAGCAGCAGCAGCAGCAGCUUUGAGUGGCAACUGAGCGCUGCAGCAACUAUCUGCGGGAAGGAGGCCAUCCGCUCGGUGGCCAAGACCCUCUACAGGAAGAUGAAGCAACAGGGCCUGGCUCAGCAGCAGCAGCAGCAGCAGCAGCAGAAGCAGCAGCAGCAGCAAGAAGUGCAUGGCCAGCUAGCCGAGCUCCUCGUAGCAGCAGCAAAAAGGCCAAGCAUGCACAGCCUGAGGGCCCUUUGGAAAAGGCUGGGGGCCCCCAGGGGCCCCCACUCUUUGCUGCUGCCUGUCAGGCUGCAUGCAUCUUUCUGCAGGCGGAAGCUGCACAGCCAGCCACGUGCAGCAGCAGCAGCAGCAGCUGCAGCAGCAGCAGCUGAGGAGUUGCCAAGCCACUUCGCAGGGCAUGCACUAGAAGCGGGAAUAGCUGCCCCAGCAGCAGCAGCAGCAGCAGCAGCAGCAGAGCUGGACCCUACGUUUGUUGAAUGCAGCAGUCUAGGCCCAGCACCAGAGGCAGCAGCAGCAGCAACAGCAGCAGCACGUC